CUUGACGAUGGCCACCCACCGCGACUUGCUCGCUAUUCCUCUUUCGGGUAAGCCGGCAUCACGUGGAACCCGGAAUAAUAUUCUUGCGCGUGGGCUGCUUUUAUUAUUUUCGGUCGCGAUUUGGUUUUUCUUCUUCCUUCUCUUCAGCAUUCGCCUCUCCAUGGCUCAACACUCCUGCCAGGCUGCUUUUCUGACUUUUCCCAGAAUUGCAAUUUGAUCCUGUGCCUCUGCAAUCUUCUUG